AUGUUAUCGGCUCGGUUGGCAAGGGCUUUUGUCUUGCCUGGUAGGAUACAAUUACGUCCUGUCAGAGCUCUGGCUGUAUCGACUGUCUCCAAAAGCCUCAUCACUACAAGUACAAGUACUAGUAGUACUCGACUGUUUUCGGCCACCACCAGCACUUCAGCACCAACGGUCCUUCCACGAGUCAAGACCAUUGACGCCAAGGAUCCGACGGAAGUCCCAGUCAUUGUCAAGGGAUGGGUCAGAACCAUUCGAAAACAAAAGACACUGGCAUUUGUACAAGUCAAUGAUGGAUCCAAUCUCAAGGGAAUUCAAUGUGUUGUCGCAUUUGAUGAUGUCGAUGAAACUACCAUGGCACAACUCGACAAGGUCACCACGGGUUGUGCCGUCUACGUCGAAGGGCCAUUGGUAUCGUCACCGUCCAAAUCGGGAGAACAGAAUAUCGAAAUGGCCGCCACCAAAUUGACCGUCGUAGGAGACUGUCCUCCCGAUCAGUACCCACUCGCCAAGAAACGACAUACCAUGGAAUAUCUACGCACCAUUGCCCAUUUACGACCACGGACCAAUACCAUUGCUGCCGUCGCACGGGUACGAUCCGCAUUGGCCGGAGCCAUUCACGAGUACUUUCAAAAGGCAGGAUUCUUGUACGUACAAACACCCCUCAUUACCGCCAGUGAUUGCGAAGGCGCCGGAGAACUAUUUCGGGUCACCACGUUGGAUUUGGACAAUGUCGAUGCACUGCCGCGAGCAAGUGAUAAUGACGAUGAAGAAAAUAACAACAACAGUCAAGCGGUCGAUUACAGCCAGGAUUUCUUUGGCAAACCCUCCUUUCUGACCGUCAGUGGACAACUGGGAGGCGAGACGCAUGCCUGUGCUCUGGGAGAUAUCUACACAUUUGGGCCCACAUUUCGAGCCGAGAAUAGUCAAACCACACGACACUUGGCGGAAUUCAACAUGGUGGAACCCGAAAUGGCAUUCGCUGACCUACAAGUCGCCAUGGCCAAUGCCGAAGGCAUGGUCAAGUACGUCGUACAACACGUAUUGGAUAAUUGUCAAGAAGAUUUGCAGUUCUUUACCAAGUUUUACGACAAACAAAAGAUGGCCUCGUUGGAACGAUUGGUCAACGAACCGUUUGCACGAGUCUCUUACCGAGAGGCUAUUGGAUACUUGCAGGAAGAAAUUGCCAAGGAUCCGUCCAAGUGGCAGUUUCCCGACGUGGAGUUUGGAACCGAUCUCGCCACGGAACACGAACGGUGGCUGGCCGAAACGAAAUUCAAUACGGCCACUUUUGUAUACAACUAUCCCAAAAGUAUCAAAGCAUUUUACAUGAGAGACAAUGAAGAGGAUGGUGGUGAGACGGUUAAUGCCAUGGAUUUGCUCGUUCCUGGAGUGGGAGAAUUGGUGGGCGGAAGUCAAAGAGAGGAACGACUCGAUGUCCUGGAGAAGAAGCUAGAGGAGGUUGGAUUGGACAAGGAGGACUACUGGUGGUACCUGGAUCUGAGACGGUUUGGGUCUGUGCCCCACGCAGGAUACGGACUCGGUUUUGAGCGGCUUGUCACGUAUGUUUGUGGUAUUGAGAAUAUCAGAGAUGCCAUUGCAUUCCCGAGAUAUCCGGGCAACGCAGAGUUCUAG